UAUCAAAACAACCUUAUCGCGCGGGUACGUGGAGUGCCAUUAAAUCGGCCGAUUAGAAGUGGUGUUUGACUAUUUUGUUUGGUAAAUAGUGCACGCUAAUUAUAUAGGCGACUCGGUUAUAGUGGCGACAAGGAUAGAAGCAUUUUUUCUUCGAAUUUAACAAGAUUAUCCCAAGCCAAACCGCCUUGAUCUUUAUAUGUUUACAUCUCGAAAGACAAACUGAACGUGUGUGGUGCGCUUUAGAUUUUCAUACAUACAGAGUGCCCUGUUUGUACUUAAAAAAAUUGGAGGGCGCGUCGGGAACACCCUGUAUGUCAGAACUAUCGAAGCUCCAAGCCUUACACAAACAGACUUGCCGCGCGAUGAGAAAUAUUCCACUGGUGAUUACUUAUCUGCAUAGAGCCUGUGUUUCAAAUUUAAGCGCCUUUUGACGAGAUUAUCGCAAAAAUCUGUGGUGUACGCCGUGUGCGGUGCCUCGUGGUCACAGCAAGCGUUGCCUAACGUGUGCGAUUGCGUUUUGUUUGUGUUUAGUUUUCCCUACAAGGGUUGAACCUGCUCAGGGAACACAUAGAUGACAAACAGGAAGCCGAAAUCAUGGAGUUGAACCAUGGGGGGCUGGGUGACCGAAAAUUUCCCGGGCCGAUACGGCCUAAGAGGAAGUUGAGCAUACCAGUCGCCCUUUCUGUACCGCCCAACAUCUCCGAACAUGCUGCUUUUAGAAGGAGGUUCAGCAAUGUUGGAGAUGCCGUUUCCAGGAAGCUUUCUACCACAAUAGGAUGGAGAAGUGCUGCAGGUGCUAACCCUCCCGAGGAAGUAGUGGCGGUAGGUCGUGCGUUGUGCAGCCUGUAUAUAAGGACGAGGUUGAAACGGGCUGGCGUCUUCAACAGAAAACUCGGCUUAACCAGGGUGCGAAGCGCCGUGGGAACCAUGCCCGGUUGUGGGACUGUCGUCAGAGAUGUUUUUCCAGGUCUGCAAUGUGCCUGUUUGGAACUGGAGCGAAUGUACCCCAAACUGUACACCAACGUGACGAGACAGACGGGUUUCCUGCAUGGAAACGGCGUCUCCGGCAUCCUCCUCGCGGUGGGGCACUACCUCUUGCGCGAACCCACCUGGGGCAAGGUGGUGGCCGUCUUCACCGUGGCCGGUGCCCUCGCCGUCGACUGCGUGCGGUACAGCCACCACGAGCAGCUACCCAGCAUCCUGGAUGACAUGACGGAGCUGCUGGAGGAUAAGAUGGCCGAAUGGGUCAACUUCAAUGGGGGAUGGACUGGACUCAUGGCCCACUGUAAGGCGAAAGACCAAGAGAUUUCCUACGUGCAAUAUUUGACGAUAUUCGGCCUGGUGGCCAUCGUUCUUCUAGUCGCCUACUUUGUAGUGAGAUUUUGUGUCAAAAUAGGCGUUUGACAUAUCUAGAAUGUCAUUUUAUCGAUACCUAUAGAUGAUUAGGAAGCCAGAUUUAGAGAAAUCCUAGGUCGAUUUGAGACAAUUAGAAUAAAUUGUAACAUAUCUAUUUCAUUUAUAAUUUGGUAUACUGAGGUAAGGUACAGUAUUAUACAUUUUCUAUAGUGUUAGGAAUCUUUUUGCAUAAUCAUUAUUUAAUAAUGAUUAUUAGACCCUGCCUUGAAUUUAUGAAAUAUUCGUUCUAAUAUAAUAAUGUUACGAAAAUAUAAGGCGUUUAGAUAUAAAUUAUUACGAGAAAAGUGCAAUUAAGCACAAAAGGAACUGACAAAAUACAGAAGUUUAAUUAUUAACAUGUAUUAUUAGAUCGUUUUUUUUUUUUCUGUGGAGGGCACCGGGCUUUCUCCGCACCUGAUUAUGGUUACAUUGGUUUUUAUUUCUUUUCACAUUUAGUCAAAUCAUUAUCUUACAUUCCAGCUCCUUACAUUCCAGAUUACAAAGUCCAGUCGCCUAUACAAAAUUUGUUCUCCGUUUGAUUCUAAUGAUCACUCAGUGUAAUUAGUCUAGUUUAGAAAUUUGUAAUGCUUUAUUAAACUCUUUCGAUAGUUUUACAUAUAUUUUUAGAAUACAAGGUCGUUUUUUUAUGUUUGUAAAACUUAUUCGACUAUUUAAAAGGUUUAAUACUGUACUAAACAUAAAUCUGGAUUUUCCUAUGACUUCAAACUUAUCCUCAAGUGUUAUGAGCAAGUAAAUAGUUUUAUACUUGCCUGUGUAGAUUAUAUUUCAUGCGAAUUAGGGGACGCAGACUUGUACAAAUCUGAGAUUGUGAUUUUUAAUAGCUAAAUCUAUUUAUUUAAUAGAUUAUAAUUACGUUACACUAGAUACGAUCUAUUUUGAUUUGUAAUUUUUUACAAUAAAAAAAAAAG